CGUCGGAGAGGGCAAGGAGCGGAGGAAAUACAGUGCUAGACAUUACCUUUCGUAAAAGUUUCCCCGAGGAAUCCAACUUCGGUAUAUAUCGCUAAUAUCAAUGAGACAACGAAAUAUAUAAAAGAAAAAUCGAACAAAAUCGAAGAAUUACUCUGGGACUAUUGAUACUGAUGGAUGGAUAGUUUUCCAACGCGGAAUCUCCCGUUGUGCGACUUUCCUAUGGCUAUUUCUCAUUAGGGCCACCACUGAAUGAAGAAAUAAUGCUUCCUGUUGUCUCUUAUGUGGAUAGUUGUGGUGUUUAACAACGCUAUUUUUGGAAGCGUUGAAGCGUUUAUCGAAUAUGAGCCUAUUUAUAGGGGACUGGAAUACGUUUGUCAGGUAGUAGCUGUUGCAGCCGGGUAGGAAUCUCUCCUUCUCCCCGAAGAGUGGAUGUAUGUGAGAUGAUAAUUCCACAUUAGGACUAAAGUUGCCAAAAAGCAGAGACAUUUAGACACGCCGCUGGUCCGGACUACGGGAUGUAUCUGUGAGUUGACCCGAUAUAUAACGGCAACUGUUUCGGCCGUACUCAUACAGAGGGGGUCGUUAAUGGAGUUUCAUAGUGGGACCCGCUAGGAUGGACGUGGUUGAUGAAACCGAAGCGUUACAGAGAUUUUUUGAAGGUCAUGAUAUUACCAGCUCCUUGGAGCCAGCGAACAUUGACACCAGUAUUCUGGAGGACUACAUUAGUAAGGAGGACGACAGCACUGACAUCUGUUUUUCUGAGGUCCAUAGCGGUGCCCCAGGGCCUAACUCUUACUCAUCACCCCAAGCCGGAGUUUCCUCUUCUGGGGGUGGUUUGCAGUGUGGCGUGAACCCCCCUAUCCCCCUCCGUCAGGGAAACCCCCACUCCCACCACCAACUCCAGCCCUGCCAAACCCCCUACCCCCCACCCCUGGGCCUGCUGAGACACAACAACUACCCCUGCCUGGGGCAACACAACCACCAGCAGAACCACCAGCAGCAGCAGGACCACAUCAAGCCUGAACACAGAGGACACUACGCACCAGGGACGCUCCCAGAGUCCCCGCCAGACUCCAGCUCUGAGCCAUACUCCCCUCAGCAGGUCAAUGACACUCACAUGCUGAGGACCAUGACACCAGAGAACAUGUGUCACAUGACCUCGCCGCCGCUCCCCCCGCACGGCCAUGGCUAUCCAAACAUGCACCGGGACAUGUACCUAAAGCCUGAGCCAAUGAUCUCGCAGUACCCCAUUGGUCCCACCUCCAGUGGGAGUUGCCAGGACCUGCAACAGAGCCAGAUGCUGCAUCAACUAUUGCAACACCCACAACAGGGACCAGAUGGAAUAGCAGUCCACCAGGCAAAGAAGAGGAAACAUGCUGGCAGUCCUGACAGCACCCGGAACUCUCAGAUCCUCACAGGUAUCAUCAAACAAGAGCCAGUAGACAUUGUUUCUGGCCCAGGUUUGAUGGUGGAUGCUGAUAACUCCUACCUGGACCCCAACUACCAGUGUAUAAAAUGGCAGCCGCACCAGCAGAACAAGUGGACGCCGUUGUACGACGUCAACUGCAAAGAGCUCCCAAUGCCCACCUAUCGCGUCGACGCUGAUAAAGGUUUUAACUUCUCCCUGGCGGACGACGCCUUCGUAUGUCAGAAGAAAAAUCACUUCCAGGUCACCGUGUACUGCGGCAUGCUGGGAGAUCCCAAGUACAUCAAGACCAGCGAUGGCCUCCAGCCUAUCGACUGCUUCUACCUCAAACUCAAUGGGGUUAAGCUGGAAGCCAUGAACCAGUCCAUCAACGUGGAGCAGUCCCAGUCAGACCGCAGCAAGAGACCCUUCAAACCAGUACUGGUGACACUGCCCCCGGAGCAGGUUACCAAGGUAACAGUGGGACGACUCCACUUCAGUGAGACCACAGCCAAUAACAUGAGGAAGAAAGGCAAACCGAACCCUGAUCAGAGGUACUUCAUGUUGGUGGUAAGCGUUGCAGGCCCAGGCCAGACCCAGACCCACAGUCAGAGCUUCACGGUGGCCGCGCAGGUGUCCGAGAGGAUCAUCGUCAGGGCGUCUAACCCGGGUCAGUUUGAGAGUGACAGUGAGGUGUUGUGGCAGCGUGGCCAGCUACCUGACUCAGUGUACCACCACGGCCGGGUCGGUAUCAACACAGACCGACCAGACGAGGCCAUGGUAAUCCACGGUAACCUGAAGGUCAUGGGGUCACUGGUACACCCGUCCGAUAUACGGCUGACCGCUAAAGAGAACGUCCACGAGGUAAACACUACAGACAACCUGAAGCGGAUCAGUCAGAUGAGGCUGGUUCAUUAUCAGUACAAGCCUGAGUUUGCUUCCAGCAUGGGCAUCGACUCCAGCCCAGAGACUGGAGUGAUUGCUCAGGACGUGCAGCAGAUUCUGCCUGAAGCCGUGAAGGAGGGAGGAGACGUCAUCUGUUCCAAUGGAGAGACCAUCCCUAAACUUCUGGUGGUCAACAAGGACCGUAUCUUCAUGGAGAACGUCGGUGCAGUGAAGGAGCUGUGUAAACUGACUGACAACCUGGAGACUCGUAUAGAUGAGCUGGAGCGCUGGAGCAGGAAGCUGGCCAAACUCCGCCGUCUGGACAGCAUGAAGAGUACAGUCAGCGGAGGCACCACCAGCCAAUCAGGGAGCCAGUUCAGCAGGACAGGAAGUGGUCCCCUGAAGAGGAAGACAGUGAAACCUGGAAAUAAGAGUGCGACUCCAGAGCAGGGCUGCAUCAGUCACAGGUUCAUGCAGGGAACCAUUCUGGCUCUGGUCGUCGUCAUGGCCUUCAGUGUCAUCUCCAUGUCCGUACUCUAUGUGUUGACACUGCACCACAGAGGGGACGUCAGCGAGAAAGACGUGUCUGCAGAGGGAUCAUCUAGGAUGGCAUCUGCUCCUCGAUCCACCAUCUCCACGCGUCAAGAUACAGUCCCACCCUCUCCUUCACUGGCCAAUCCUGCAGCUUGCUGUCCACCUACAACUGCCACAAACAACCAAUCAGCAACUACUCUUUCGCCAAGCACCAACCAGUCAACACUGGAAGUAAGUAGUCCAGUCCCUACACUGCGCAGCAUCAACAAGAAGGCCAAGUCCAGGCCUAUGGACAAGGACGGACGCUAAUGGAACCGUCUCAGCCA